AUGGUUGACUUGUUUCAUAAAAAAGGCCUCAAGCGAGAUAAAAAGCCAUCGUUUUUAAAUAUUCUGGACCGCAGUUGUAGCAAAAAAGAAUCCCAUAACAAUACAACCCACCAGAUGCCACUUGGCUCAGGCUUGAAAUCUCCUGUUUUUGGAUCAAUAUUGAGAGAAGACGAUCCAUAUACGCCUCAUAUCUCAUCCAGUCAUAACAACACAAUAUUUUUCAAGGAACAGCCCGAAAGGCCAUAUAAAAAUCAAUCAUUGACGCGUGGAAUUGAACGCCAUCAUUCUUCGCCUGAAUUUGUCACACAUCGCACCAAACCUACAUUCUACCAGCAACUACAACAACAACAACAACAACAACAACAACCUCUAAACUAUACACAAUGCCAACAGCAUUUCCCUCCUUAUUCACCGUCUUCUCUACAUUCUCAUAAUCUACCCUCUCCAAUCUCACCUGUCAAACGAUCAUUCACUACUCCAUAUCCUCCUCAUAAGCCAUUAUACCCUCUUACAUCUAACGGACUCUCUACCCCACCCUUGUCACCUACAAAUAUGUCUUUUGCCGCUACUAGAAGGUCAAGUACAUGGCGAGAGAUGACGCGGUCCUCUACAUAUCAUCCUGCGCCUUCAAUUUCCAGUGCGGAAGAAAGCGAUGAUAAUAAUAAUGAGCCUCUUGGUCCUUUGGCUAGUCCGGUCUCCACAAAUUCUUAUUCGAACCUCCAUUAUACAUCUUUGAGCGGAAGCAGCACAGAAGAAAGUACAGUAAUCAGUACAGAAGAGGAUGACGAAGAAGACGAUGAUGAUCUGGUGCCUAUUGCUGCUCUGAGUAUCUGUCGCGAAAGUGGACAUCAUAUGUCGGCUGCUGAAAAAUAUAAGGCUAAAAUGAAAGCAAAACUUCAAUUAGGUUCCGAUGAAGAUCAUCAGUACCCAGGCCAGCCACAAGCAGUCAAUCCUUUCCUUUAG